AUGAAGACGAUAGCACAGCCACCGUUCGACAUCGUCACAGAUCCACCUAGCCAGGAAUUGUUGGAAGUGUCCCGGCGUGAGUUGCGCGAAACGCCCGAGGUGCGCGAGCAGGCGAUCAAGCAGUUGCGUGAACUGCUGCACAAUGCCACCGACCUGAACUAUGCGGACGAUGACGACUUCCUGCUGAUCUUUCUGCGGCCGUGCCACUUCUAUCCGGACAGCGCGCUCAAAAUGAUGCGAAGAAUAGCCGACUUCAAGAAGAACAACUUCCCGCUCAUGCACAACCUCUCGCCGGAAGACGAAAAGCUCUCCUUUAUCGAUCACAAAAUCGUAAACGUACUGACGAAUCGGGACAGGAAAGGCCGGAGGAUAUUGAUCGUCAGCUGCGGAUCGGUCUGGGAUCCGAAAGCAGUGACGGCGGAUAAACUAUUCCGGAUGUUCUAUUUGGUACAUUUGGUGGCGCAGCUCGAACCGGCGACACAGAUCAAUGGUGUAGUGAUCGUGAUGGAUUUUGAGGGACUCGGGUUGAAGCAGGUGCGAGGACUGUCGCCGUCGUUUUCGAAGCUGUUGCUUACCUUCCUGCAGGAAGCUGUCCCGUUGCGGAUGAAAGAGUUCCACAUCCUCAAGCAGCCUUACAUCUUCAACAUGGUGUGGACACUGUUCAAACCGUUUAUUGGCGACAAGCUUAAGAAGCGGCUCUAUUUCCAUGGUAAUGAUAUGAAGAAGCUGCACCAACAUAUCGAUCCGGCCGAUCUGCCCAAAAACUAUGGCGGUACUCGACCGGCACUCGACUACGGUUCCCGCGAGUGGUAUCCGUGCAUCGAGAAGUACACCGAACACUUCCAGCGAUGGAACCACUACGGCUAUGCGGCGGGUCCUUGA